AUGGCAAGCGCCGUUGGCGGGCUGAUAGCCAGCAAGCUUGCCGAGCUUGUCUGGGAUGAGGCUACCCUGUUGUGGAGAUUCAAGGACGACGUGGAUGGCUUGAAGAGGACCAUGGUGAAGCUGCAAGCUUUGAUGCGCCAUGCUGACCGGAGGGAGGGCCAGGAUGAAGGAGAGAGACGAGAGAUCAUGCGGGUUUGGAUGAAGGAUUUCAAGGCUGCAGCCUACGACAUUGAGGACUUGCUGGAUGAGUUCGACGCUAUUGAACUCAUUAAGCAGGACCAACCCAAGGCGGGGCGUCGUUCUGGCCGUGGAGCAGUGGCGUGCGACAUAGGGAUGAAGCGGUGGCGUGUGUCGCCGGAGAGGGAGAAGAAGGCCACGGCGUUCCACGGAGGCAUGCUGCGUGGUUCGCAUCACGUCUGGAGGCUGUAG